GUGAUACCACAAAUAAAUAAAUAUCGAGUCCAACAGGGACCUCGGCUUCCCGUUAGCGUUGCGUUUCAUUCUCCUAGUUCAGCAGUUGUCCGAUACUGGACAGCCACGGGGUCAAUGAAAAGGAAGGAGACGUGUUUUUAGACAUGAGGAGAACAACGCGAGCCGUUUGAAGGUUUUGGGUGACUGGAAGCUUAAUCCUUCAUCUGGAGGAGAGAAGAGCCGAGCAUCAUCGGAUAAAGCCUCUUCCAACACAACGCGAAAAUAAUAAGGAAUAUCUUUGAAGACUACAUAUAAAUAGUCCUUCAUUGCCCUGAAGUUUGCUGUUUUGAUGGACUCGUUUGUGGAUGAAAUAAUCGUUACGCGUCACCGAUGUGAUCCCGCAUCCCCACGAGGCGAAUAGACAGCGUUGCGAUGCGCAGGCGUUAGCUCGAUAUUUUUUACCGUAGUAAAUGCAUUCGCUUGCCCGUAUCGUAUUAGUAUUGUUUUGUAUGUAUACGUGUAAUUUUUGGGGGUCGUAAAUGAAACCGAGCGGUAAUCGUGUUCAUCAUCUGUGGUAAAAGCUUGGCCUUAAUAAUAAUAACACCGUAUUAACAUCUUGUGGUUAAGAAUCUAUUCAAACGCCACACACGUAAGGCUUUGAGGUGGACUCAAGUCGACAAAAAUCUUGCACACGGGAAUACAGGCCGUUGUUUACGUUCACAGCGAGAGAAGGAAGAUGUCGGGUCAGACUCUGACGGAUCGCAUCGCCGCGGCGCAGUACAGCCUCACCGGGUCUGAGGUGGCUCGCGCUGUGUGUAAGGCGACCACACAUGAGGUGAUGGCACCCAAGAAGAAACAUCUCGAAUAUUUGAUCCAGGCAACCCAGGAGUCCAAUGUCAAUAUUCCUCAGAUGGCUGAUACCCUGUUUGAGAGAGCAGGAAAUGCCAGCUGGGUCGUGGUCUUUAAGGCUUUGGUCUCUACUCAUCACCUGAUGGUCCAUGGCAAUGAGCGAUUCAUCCAGUACCUUGCCUCCAGGAACACUCUUUUCAAUCUUAGUAAUUUUUUGGACAAAACUGGCUCUCAUGGUUACGACAUGUCAACAUUUAUCAGACGCUACAGCAGGUAUCUGAACGAGAAGGCAUUUGCUUACAGACAGAUGGCUUUUGACUUCGCCCGAGUGAAGAAAGGUACUGACGGUGUGAUGAGAACUAUGUCUACAGACAAACUUUUGAAAGGCAUGCCCACACUGCAGAGUCAGAUCGAUGCUCUGCUGGAGUUUGACGUUCAUCCAAAAGAUCUUGUCAAUGGAGCGAUCAAUGCUGCGUUCCUGUUGCUCUUCAAGGACCUGAUCAAGCUGUAUGCAUGCUACAAUGAUGGCAUCAUUAACCUUUUAGAGAAAUUCUUCCAGAUGAAGAAAGGACAGUGCAAAGACGCAUUGGAAGUCUAUAAAAGAUUCUUGACACGAAUGACCAGAGUCUCAGAGUUCCUCAAAAUCGCUGAGCAAGUGGGAAUUGACAAAAACGAUAUUCCAGAACUUACCCAGGCCCCUGAGAGUCUGCUGGAGUCUCUGGAGACGCAUCUCAACACGCUUGAGGGGAAGAAAGUUGAUGAGUCACCAACUAAGAAAGGAUCUCCUACAAAUAAUGGAACGCCUGCGAAAACAGCAGAACCAGCUGCAGUUCCUGAGCCCACUACAGCACCAGAACCUGCCAAAGCAGCCCCAGCUCCAACCACCACCAAUAGCGGUUUUAAUGAUCUAGUGGAUUUCGAUCUUCUUGCACCGAGUGCAGGGGGUUCCGCUGCUUCCACAGCAUCAUGGGGAGAUCUGCUGGGAGAGGACACUCCUGCCGCUAGCUCUGACGCGCCGCUCUCUGAGGCUGACUCUGCUUCUGCAGCUCCUGCAGCUGAUGAACCAGCGGCUGAUGCCAACGCCGCCCCGGCCGCUGCCUCGCUGCCAGUGCCUGCGCCCGCUUCCACCAUUUCAGACAUGGACCUGUUUGGAGACGCAUUUGCCCCCUCCCCAGGCGAUGGUCCGAGCGAGGGCGUGGCCCCAGCAGCUGCUGCAUGUGGCGGAUCUGACCCCUGGGCCACGUCUGAGGGGAGUGCGAGCGUCGCUCCAGAGCUGGACCUCUUUGCCAUGAAACCCGUAGAGAGCGCAGUCACUGAGGUCACAUCCCCUACUAGUGCCGAAGCGAGCAUCUCGCCGACAGUGGCUCCUGCUGCUUCCUCUCCACCCACCGCCACCGCAUCCGCAACAUCUGCGACGACUGAGCCCGCGGCCGCUCCGACACUAGACCUCUUUAGUGAUAUGUUUGAUUCUAUGCCUGAACAAAGCUCCUCCACAGAGCCCAAAGCAACCACUCCUAGCGUAGACCUAUUCGGUGCAGAUCUUCCCGCUGUCUCUCGAGGGCCUUCACCUCUGCCUGAGGCCAGUGUGACUGGUGAUCUGUUGUCUGACUCGUUCGUUGCUCCAGCUGUUGCUCCUGUGGCCGCUACACCUGCGGCUCCAGCUUCUGCUGUCUCUCCUCCUAAAGCCGAGCCCGGACCUGUGCUGGAUCUCCUUGACACGUUUGGGGACACCACCUUGGAUUCCCCGACCAUUGGGCCCGGAGCGCCGUCAGGUGACCUGCUUGGGGGAUUGAUUUCACCAGUUGCCCCCACAGUUACCCCAACCCAAGUGCCAUCUUCAGCCCCAGCCGACCUGCUGGAGGCGGAUUUUGAUGCCUUUGGCUCUGUGCCGGUACCCACAACCACAGCAGCAUCAGACGAUGCCAAUGCCACUGCGGCGCCCUCCGGUGGCUUUGACGCAUCCGUGUUUGAUGGAUUAGGAGACCUUCUGAUGCCAGCCAUAACGCCUCAGAGCACAGGCGGGACUCCUAUGGCUGCCGGGAGCACACCAGUGACACCUGGGAUUUUGCCCACUGCUGCGCCCACAAUGGCACCGGUCAUGACGGGGAUGACCCCGGCGAUGGUCCCGACAAUGGCACCUGCCCAACCAGUCAAACCUAUUGGUGGAGACUUGGACUCUUCACUUGCCAGUUUGGUUGGAAACUUGGGGAUGGGAAAUCAAAAGAAGGACAACCAGUGGAAUGAGAAGAAGCUGACAGGAGGAGCUAACUGGACCCCUCAUGUAGCCCCAAGUAGCUGGGGCACACCCGGCGCUCAAAUGCCUGGCUCUUCUCCUGGAGCCCCAGGUGCUGCCGCCCCUCCUGGAGCUAUGGCACCGCCCAUGGCAGCACAGCCAGGCUUUGGCAUGCCCGCAGCAGCAGGAGUGGGUGCUCCCAUGAUGAUGGGUCAACCCAUGAUGAGGCCGCCAUUUAUAGGGCCAGGAGCACCUUUGUCUCCAGGGCCAGCUGUUCAGAGCCCCAAAAAGCCUCCCACCAAGGACCCCCUUGCAGAUCUCAACAUCAAGGAUUUCUUAUAAUCCCUCAGUAUUUUUCCUCAAAGAUUGAGCUCCACUGAGAGAGGGCUGCUGUCUGUUUACACCCCCAGAUGCCUGAGGACCCCUCAGCUAGAGAUCCACUGAUGCCCCCUCAACAUCCCCUCAAAUCCACUCCGCCCUGCCCAGCAUACCUGUGUCAUGUUGUAGCACAAACUGUGAAGUGAAUUGUAGAGAAAAACAAGCCGAUAAAUGACGGUGUGCUUAUUUCAAUGUUUUUUUGUUUUAAUGAAACAGAACAAAACUAUUUAAAAAACACAAAUGGUGAUGAAAGAUUAAAAAAAGUGUAUGUAAGUCAACUUUUUUCCAGUGUUUAAGUAUGAAAUGAAUGAUGUACGUAUGUUCCCCUCAACUGUACUUUUGGGGCCUCCCUGAUGUGACAGCCCACCCGAAAUAUGUUCAUUUGUGCGCUAUUUCUUGUAUGUUCUUUGGUAGCAGUGUGCAAUUUAUCAUUCGCGAAAGGUACACUGCAUAUUGACCAAACAGACUCUGUGAGCAACUUAUUGAUGUGAACCUGGUAGUCAAGUUAUAAGAAGUCAGUUUGUCAUCUUCCAUAAUCGAUUGACAUGGUUGUUUACAAAUUUAAAAAUAUAUAUGAAUAUAAAUAUAUAUGAAUAUGUAUAAAGUAAUAACAUAUCCAGGCUCCUCUAUCCCACAUAGAUAACCCUAUUGGUGGUAACAUGUCCUUUUUGUAACGCUGUAGUUUUAUUGUCAGUCCACUGUUAGCAUACUUGCAUCCAUUUGGUUUAUCUCAUUAAACAACACUUAAAGGGACAGUUCACCCAAAAAUAAAAAUUCUGUCAUCGUUUACUCCCGUUCGAGUUGUUCCAAAUCUGUAUAAAUUUCUUUGUUCUGAUGAACACAGAGAAAGAUAUUUGGAAGAAUGCUGGUAACCAAACAGUUCUUGGACCCCACUGACUACCAUAGUAGGAAAAAUUGCUUUUUUUUGUUCGGUUGAACACAAAAAAAGAUAUUUUGAAAAAUGUAGGACAGCAAACAGUUCUGGGGCACUUUUGACUACCGUUGUCAACUGUUUCUGUCACAAGCACUCUUCCAAAUAUCUUUCUCUGUGUUCAACCAAACAAAGAAAUUCAUACCGGUUUGGAACAACUGGAGAGUGAGUAAUUCAUGACAGAAUUUUCAUUUUUGGGUGAACUGUCCCUUUUAUCUCUGCGCUCCUAAUCUCAGAUUAUCUCUGAGAAAGGCCUUUUGCAAUCUCUUAAUGACAUAACCAAUAUGUACAGCAACUUGUUAAACUGGUUAUCUGGAUGUUCCCCCAAAUUUUACAGUUGUAGUCAGUGGAAUGCUGUGUUUGAGUCUCUUAUAUAGUUCCUUGUGCUUGUGAGAAUUUCAAACUGAAGCUGGUACAUGUAGUGUUAUUUUGUAUAAUUGUAAAAGAACCAUUCACAGGUUUGUUUCUCAGUCUUACCCUCCCAUAUAGCCAUUUGACCAUACGUGAUGGUCAAAUCAUGCGCCCUCUGUUGAUGAGUGGGAUAUUGUAGUUGAAUGGAGUGCGGAGCAGAAAUCUAGAAUGAAAACACUGGUUUUAUGAAAAGGGAGUGUUUUCAUUCUGGACGAUACAGGGCUUAGGUGCACGUGCGGUUUUAUUAGCAGUGAUAGACUCUUAGAUCUUUGCAAUUGUUUUCAGAGGUUGUCACUGUUAAACAGUGUUACAGAAUGGACAUCCCUGUAGGAACUCUCUAGAACUCAAUAUUCCCUUUGUUGUCAUGGACAUGACAAAGGCAGAUAUUCGGAUCUCUCUUUUUGCAAUUCUCAAAAUGUAUUUAUUUUCAGUUUUCGAUUCAUAUUGACACCUCUACAUAGUGCAUGUAAGCCCUUUGAGAUGCAAUAAACACUGAUGGGAAGAAUU